AUGAAUGCAGUUCUUUCACGUUCAAGUUCCCUCAUUUCUUCGUUUGGCUUGAAUCGUUGUCCACAAUCGUUCAUCGCAACAACAAGUAGUUGCUAUAAGGUACCAUUUCAAAAGAAGAAACCACCAUUUUUGAAGAAACGAGAAUCUUCCUCUGUGCAAGCAGUCUCAUCUAAGGUGCUCUCGGUUGCUUCGAUGUCCUCAGCUCAGCAUGGAGCACCGAAACUGUCGCAGGAAUUCGAUUAUCUUCUAGUGUUAGAUUUUGAAGCAACGUGUUGUGAAGACGGGAAAAUAUUACCAUUCCAGGAAAUCAUAGAGUUCCCUGUUGCGAAGCUUGACACUCGGACAUGGGAGGUUAACGCUUAUUUUCACCAAUACGUUAGACCAACUGUCAAUCCGGACCUUACGUCGUUCUGCACUCAUCUUACUGGUAUAAUCCAGGCAAUGGUCGAAAACCAACCUACUAUUGACCAAGUUCUCAACGAUUUCGAUGACUGGUUGAAAAAGGAAGGUGUUCUUGAUUCUCGUUUUGCCUUUGUGACAUGCGGUGACUGGGACUUGGGUGUAAUGUUACCUUCGGAGUCGGCGAACAAACACUUGUCACUUCCAAGCUAUUUUGAUAAAUGGAUCAACGUGAAGAAGUCAUAUUGUGAGCAUAGUGGGACAUUUGCCAAGGGCCUAAGGGACCUGUUACGGAUAUACAAUUUGCAACAUGCUGGACGUCUGCAUAGUGGUAUAGAUGAUGUGAAAACCAUAUGUGCUUUAACGUCAGCCAUAGCUAACGAGGGAUACGUUUUCAGAAUCAACGGCUCGAGAACUGACGAUUUGGAGCGAAAACGGAUUUUCAAAAAUGUCUCCGUAUAG